GGCGGGGGCCGCCGGCGCUCUCUCCUCCCACCCGCGCUCCCGCCGCGCCGCGCUCCCCGGCCCCGAGCCGAGCCGAGCCGAGCCCGAGCCGAGCCCGAGCGAGCGGGCGAGGCCGGCGCGGGGCCCGGCGCCGCUUCCUCCUCGCAGCCCGCGGCGUCCCCGGGCGGGCGCGCGCCGCGAUGGCAGCGGCCGAGCGGGGCUGAGCCCGCCGCCCCCCGCCGCCCCCCGCCGCCCCCGGCAGCCCCCGGCAGCCCCCGGCCCGCGCGGCCCCGCCAUGGCGAAGCAGUACGAUGUGCUGUUCCGGCUGCUGCUGAUCGGGGACUCCGGGGUGGGCAAGACCUGCCUGCUGUGCCGCUUCACCGACAACGAGUUCCACUCCUCGCACAUCUCCACCAUCGGCGUGGAUUUUAAGAUGAAGACCAUAGAGGUAGAUGGCAUCAAAGUGCGGAUACAGAUCUGGGACACAGCGGGGCAGGAGAGAUAUCAGACCAUCACAAAGCAGUACUAUCGACGGGCCCAGGGAAUAUUUUUAGUCUACGACAUUAGCAGCGAGCGCUCUUACCAGCACAUCAUGAAGUGGGUCAGUGAUGUGGAUGAGUAUGCACCAGAAGGUGUCCAGAAGAUCCUUAUAGGGAAUAAGGCUGAUGAAGAGCAGAAGCGCCAGGUGGGAAGAGAGCAGGGGCAGCAGCUGGCUAAGGAGUACGGCAUGGACUUCUACGAAACAAGUGCCUGCACCAACCUCAACAUUAAAGAGUCUUUCACGCGGCUGACAGAGCUGGUGCUGCAGGCCCACAGGAAGGAGCUGGAUGGUCUCCGGACACGUGCCAGCAAUGAGUUGGCACUGGCUGAGCUGGAGGAGGAUGAGGGCAAACCUGAGGGCCCAGCGAACUCUUCGAAAACCUGCUGGUGCUGAAGGUCCUGCGUGGUGCCCCUGCCGAUCCCCGUCCCCUCAGGAGGCCUGCGGCAGACAGGGAGUCGGGCUUUGCCCUGCUUCUCCUCUCACUCGGGUGACCCUGUGGAAUGCCAGUAGCUGCUACUCCCCUGCCUGGCCCUGAGAGCAGCCCCGCUGUCAUCUCUGAGCAGCCUCUGCCCCCCAUCCUCCAGCCUGAAGGGCUCCCCUCAGCCCAUUUCCCCGCCACGGGCCUGCCAUGAGCCCCCAGGAUGUUACGGGCACCGUCGCACUGCCCUGAGCUCCCCAGACAGUGGCCACGUCUGGAGUGAGGCCACUUCAAGGCUCCUUCUUUCUCACCUCUCUGCUUUUCCUCUCUUCCUUCCACUUCUUUUUCUUGUCCCCUUCCCCUCCAGCGCAUCCUGAAUCAAAGCCCCUCCCUCCUCUUUCCCUCUGUGUCCUACCGUGUGGCUGCCGAUACUGCUUCUUUGUUUCCUUUCUUCCUAACCCUGUCCAAGGGAAUGGACUCAGGCUCAUGGGGUUGUUCCAUACUCUUCUUCUGGGAGAACCCCCCCACCCUGCUUUGUGAAGGGGCCAAAGCCUCGGGGGUGCUUCUUCCUCUCUUUCCCUCCCCACCAUCCCUUCUCGUGCUGUGGGCCUGCCUCGCCAGUGAUCUGGGAAAGUGGAACAUCAAGGUAGGAAGGAAGCACUGAACUGGCAGUCCUCAAGACUGGGACUGUCCCACCCUUCCCUGCCUGCCCCCCACCCACUCCCAGCUUUGGCCUUGCUUGGCUGCCUGCCCACCUGCACUUUGAGGGAAGUGAGCUCAGAAGCAGGUGCUUCAGAGAAGAAAAGAAAAUGUUGAGGAGAGGCAGGGAUCAAAAGUCACCUCCGUUCUCUACCUCCCAUGCAGUGUGUACACAGUUUCUUCCCACCCGGGCUCCCGGAUUUAAAUAAAGGUGUGUACCAAAGCCUCAGGGCGCCACAGGGGCGAGCAAAGCCCGGGGGGCCAGUGAUAUUGACAAGCCAACCACGCACCCCAGAAAGGGGAGUGUUUGGUAAUGAAGGGCUAGCCCCUGUAUAUCAGGAUGAAGCAAAGGAGAGGAGGCCAGAGACAGUAUUGUGCAAACCAGAGGGGCAUAUGGCAGCGACUUCCCUUUCUCUGUAAGGAGGGCACUUCCCCACAGCCUCCUGGCAGGUGAAAGGUGACAUGGCCACUGAACCCAGCCUUCAGCUCCUGAGCUUUUCUUGAGCCUCCGAGUCUGGGGAGGAAGGGCAGGGACUUCACGGGGAGAGAGAGAGAAGGCCCUGGAUAGAAAUGCUUGGUGCUGUUCUCUUCAGCCUUCCAGACAAAGUGCUCCUUUGCCCCUCUAGCUCCUUGACCAGGAGCCACCUGCACUGUGGCUACAAGAGGAGGAAAGUGGACUCCUUCCUCCAGAGCUCUUUGUUCCGGAAGAAGUUUGUUUCUUUAACCCCACAUGGCCCAAUGGUGGCUUGAAGGAGGCGUUUUAAAGAAGGAACAAGUCAGUUCUGGGCCCUGGCAGGGUUCCUCCCCACCUUCCCAGGGUUGGAGGCUCAUUCUUAAGCUGCAAAUUAGCUGAUCACAUGGCUAGGGCUGGAGCAAAAGCAAAGAACCAGGCCCUGAACACUCACCAACGAAGACCCAAAGUCCAGGGCACACACAUGUGAAGGAUGAAGAGCCCCACUUCCUUAUUCCUCCCAAAAAAAAAAAAAAAGGUGGGGAAGAAAUCACCAAACCUUUCCUCCUGACUCUUGCCAGAGUAGGAGAAGGUAGCUCAGGAUGUAGUAACAGGGAUAGGCUAACAUAGUGGAAGGAAAAGGAGGGCAAGAAUGGUUAUAAAUUGUUAUUAAUGAGAAACUUAGCAGACUCUUUAGGAUGAAGUCAUGACGAUGGCUGGGAUGCUUCCUUGAGGACUGACUCCUCAGGUGUCAGGACACAGCAUCACACUGAGGGUGGGGAGACGGUGACGCCAGCCCUUGGGGUGCCUGCAGCCAGGGGCUUCAAAAAGUAGACGUGCUGGCCCUUGGCUCCACCCUGUGGGUCAAUGUUGCUGUAUUUUGGAAGGGAAAACACGGGGUGGAGAUUUUAUGAACUGAGCAGCCCCAAUCCAUCAGGGCCACAGCUGGGGAGAGGCACGGGAGCAGGAGGGUUGGAGCUUUAGGGGCAGCUACGCUCACCAGGUAUCGCAGUCGGCCUCGCACCCCUAAACUUCUCCAGUCCAGGAGGUGGCCUGGGAUCUGGCAUUAGGCCCAGACUGUUGAGCAGGCGCUCCUGCCUGUUUGCUACUCACCACCUCUGCACCUGCUGUCUUGAGACUCAGCCCGACCCCAGGCAUCCCACCUGCUGCCAAGCCCCCACCAUCUCCCUGUGACGGGUGAACUUCGUGUACUGUGUCUCGGGUUCAAUGUAUGAAUUGUGAGCAGGGUUCAUCUAUUUUAAACACAGAUGUUUACAAAAUAAAGAAUAUUUCAAACCA